GAGGUGUGAUUUUCAAAUUUAAUUGUAUAAAUAAAAAUAAAAUUAGAAAAUAAUGGUAGUGGGUGUUUUUCCGGCUCUCAAAUUGGGAGUUUUAUUUGUUAAACAAAUUAGUAAACCUUUAGCAAAGUUUAUUGUUAACCAAGCAAAGAAUCAUCCUGUGUUUAGAACGUACUUUAUUAUACCGCCGGCGCAAUUUUAUCAUUGGGCAGAAGUAAAAGGUAAAAUGUAUGUAAUGAAUCUUGGUAAGCCCACAAAAGUUGCAAAGUUGAAUGAAACAAUGGCCAUAGAAUUGGGAGCUAAUUUGAUGGGUGAGGUUAUCAUCUUUAGCGUUGCUGGUGGUUGUUUAAUAUUGGAGUAUAACCGCCAAGUAGCAAAAGAAGCAAAAAAAGAAGAAGCACGUCUUCAACAAAUACAAACAUUUACAAAUGAAAUUGAAAAUUUAAACAGAAUUACAUCUCAACAAGAAAAUCAAAUCCAAUAUCUAUAUGAAGCUGUUGAAGAAUUAGCCAAACACACAAAGCAUAAAUUGAUUGUGAAGCCAGUAGUAAAAGAAAUAAAUCAACAAGUGAAAAAUGUUCAUGUUAAUGAAAAUCAAAAUAAUAUUAAUUCAAAAAAUGAAAAUGUAUCAAUAAUUGAUCGUGCUUUAGUCUAUUAUAAAGAUAAUGUAAAAUCAGACAAACUCAGUUAA